AUGAAUCAAUUCAUCGAACAGCUGGAAUCGCUGAAAACCACAUUUGCCGCACUGCCAGUUGACUGUUUAAUUGAUGCCAUAGAAAAACUGGACCAAACUGUGGAGCAACUAUCGCAAAGUGUGGUUUUUGUGGAAGAAGAAGAGCAGCAAAUGGAGCAUUUGGUGGAUGUGGGAAAGGGUUUUGUGCACGACUAUCUGAAUCCAACGGACGACUUCUCUAUCCCAGCAACGUCUUCUGAUGAUUUCAACUCUCCAGAAGUCCUCGCCUCCCAAUUCCAGAUGACGUCAUCACCAUCUAAUCCUUCCCAAGUCUUCUGUUUCACCUGUGGACAGUCGUUCAACAAUCGAAAAGGACUCUGGCGGCAUGGAAUCGCCACGAAACACAAAACGCGGGAAUUUAAAUAUUCUGAACGACGAUCUGGAGACGUUCCGAGCCUUCCGACGUCUUCUGGGAUUCAGAAUUCGUCGGAAUUUGGGAUUUUGGAGCCAUUCACAGUGACAAAUCUAGAGGGAACCUUUCUGGAAAAUUCAGAAGAAGAGAAAUUCGUAUGCUUCGAGUGCCAAAAAAGCUUUGCAAAUCGAAAAGCGUUGUAUAGACACGGCCAACAAACGAACCAUGUGCUCCGUCUGAAACGUGCUGUAAAAGUGAAAGGAGGCAUCUACGCAUGUCCAGAAUGCUCCUACAGUACUGAUAGUCUGGCGAAUCGACGCCUACAUUUUAAGAGGAAUCAUAAUAAAUCGAGAUAA